AUGGCGCCAUCAUGUCACUUCUACGGCCGAGGCAACUGCCGCAAUGGGGAGUCCUGUCGCUUCUCUCACGAGCCGUCGAAGGAGGGUAAGCCUGUUCCCGAGAAAGAUGUCAUCAACUCCUUGACCGAUGCCAAUCGCUUCUUGAGGAGCAUCAACAAGCAUAAGAACACCGAUGUGGUGCUGGGAAAGGUCCAUGCUCUCCGAGACAAGCUCAAUACUUUCAUUCGUGAACUUGCCCAUGCGGAACUGCGGAUUUUAUUUGAAGUAUUGGGCAGAUGCGCUGUUGCAUUCGACAAGGGCGCGUACGAAGAAGUCAUAAGAAGCCUGAGCGCUAAUGUGAUUAUGUCAAUACCGCCGUUCGUGAGCCAGCUUAUGUCACCAAUAGGGUUGGUCAGCUGUAUGCGCGUGCUGGUGGAGGUGGGCAGGGUCGACCCAGUGGCAGCAGCACUGAUCCCGGUGGAGUUGUUGGCGAGCCGUGCUGAGGUCCUGGCUUGUACAGAGGAGCUUACCGAGGUUCAUCUGAGGCAAAUUCAAUUUUAUAAGAGCGGUGGGGCGUUGAGGAAUUUCAAGGCGAGUCGAGACCGCAGGCACCCAGCUGAGCUGAAUUCAGAUGAGGAGGAGCUCUACGAGGAGCUUAUGGUGGAAGAGCGCCUCAUGCCAUCUCUGGCCGAGAUCACUGAUGACGGGGGGCAGUCGGAGCUCUGA